AUGAUUAUUAGGUAUCUAAACAGUACCCAAUGUGACUGGAAGAGAACACCAUUGCUGGUAUCAUGUAUGACAGAUAAUGUACAAUGUAUGAUAGAAUUAUUAGAUCUGGGAGUAAGAACAGAUAUAUUUGAUUCUAAUGGAGAUAAUGUCUAUCACUAUGCAGCUAGAAGUGAUCAGAGUCAUUAUAUUGAGAUUCUUGCCAGCAAAGACACAUCAGCUAUCAAUUAUCCAAAUUAUGCUCAAGAAACUCCUCUACAUCAAGCCUGUCUGGAAAAAAAAGAAAAGAAUGUCCGAUUAUUACUACAGUAUGGGGCAGAUGCUAAUAUGAUUGGUCGCCAUGGCUAUCCAAUUCACUAUGCUAUGAAGUCUCUAGUGUUCAGUAAUAAUUCUGUUUCCACAUUCUGUGUUGAAUCGUUUAUAAUAUACACCAUUAUUAAGCGUAAAAAUAAAAGUACUUUCAUGUGUGCUCAGAUUAUGUUGGAAGUGUUCCCACAACUUGCCAAUGCACAGGACUCAAAGUAUGGAGGCACUGCUCUUCAUUGGGCAAGAACAGCUAAAGAUGUUGACAUAUUGAUAAAACUAGGAUGUAAUCUAGAAGCUAUGAAUAAAACAGGAGAUACGCCAUUGCAUAUAAUGGUCAUUAAAAAGAGACUGGACUGUAUUAUGUCUCUUUUGUGUGCUGGGGCUAAUGUUAACUCCAGAGGACAGUAUGGGAAUACUCCACUACACCUGGCUGUACAGAUGGAUAAAGUGGAUUUAAUUUAUACACUGGUUACAUUUGGUGCUGAUGUGAAUGCAUUGAAUGAAAGAAAUGAUAGUCCCCGUCACCUUGUAUCUCUCAGUCGUAUUAAACACAGACCACAGAUACUAUAUGCGUUACAUAUGGUAGGAGCUCAACGAUGUCAUUCCAUGAUGAAAAGCUGCAAUGAGGGAUGUAGGUACAAUGGACAGUAUGACGGAGAGCCACCGGAAAAAUUUCAGAUGGAUACUAAUCCUGCCAACCAAGCUUAUGAUGAUUUUCUGGCAUUAACCGUUGUGUCAGCCGCUUUAAAAAGAAACCGAUCUGUGGAUAAAGAGAAAAUGGGUUUGGAUGAAGUGGACUGUGGAGCAUCAUCGCCAAUGAAACCGACCAAGAGGAAUUUUGAUACUGUACUUUCACUUGAUGGUGGAGGAAUCCGCGGCCUUAUACUUAUACAGUUACUAAUCGCGUUAGAAAAAUACGCACAAGUAUCAAUUAAAAAUUUAUUUGAUUGGAUUGGUGGUACCAGCACUGGUGGUAUAUUGGCACUGGCUAUAGUACAUGGUCAUAGUUUGAGAGAAAUGCAAAGUUUUUAUUUCCGGAUGAAAAAUGAAGUAUUUCAAGGUAAAAGACCUUAUGAUUCUGAACCUUUGGAAAGAGUGAUGAAAGAAGAAUUUGGAGAAAAUACCAUGAUGGAUGCAGUGCAGUCACCAAGGGUUCUGGUAACUGGAGUGCUUGGUGAUAGAAAUCCUCCGACAUUGCAUUUUUUUAGGAAUUUUGAAGCAACCCCCAAUUCUUCAGUAGACCAAACUGUCAACCUGCCGCCUUACAAACCACCACCCAAACCAAAUGAGCAAUUAGUUUGGAGAGCUGCCAGGUCAUCUGGAGCCGCACCAACGUAUUUUCGAGCAGUUGGAAGAUUCCUAGGGGGAUUAAUUGCAAAUAAUCCCACACUUGAUAUUCUCACAGAAAUACAUGAAUUCAACUUGUAUCACAAACAGCAGGGUCAAAGUGAAUUAGUUCGUAGCCUUGGUGUUGUGGUAUCGUUGGGGACCGGUAAACUUCCUGUAAAACCAAUUAAACACGUGGAUGUACGACCUGACAGUUUAUGGGAUAUGGCAAAAAAUGUUAUGAGUGCUGUUAAUCUUGGACAGAUACUGCUGGAACAGGUGACAGAGUCUGCAUACAGACCUGUGGACAGAUCCAGGGCAUGGUGUAGUAUGAUUGAUGUACCGUUUUAUAGAUUCAAUCCACAACUGUCCAGUGAGGUGAUGCUUGAUGAAACCAGUGAUUCUGUACUGGUCAGAAUGCUCUGGGAAACGCAGUGUUACAUCCAUCAGAAUAAAGAAAAGUUUGAACAGCUGGCUAUAUUGCUGAAGUCAUAG